GCGAGCGAGGCCGGGCCAUGGGGUGGCGGGCGGCGGGCGCGCUGCUGCUGGCGCUGCUGCUGCACGGGCGGCUGCUCGCGGUGACCCAUGGGCUGAGGGCGUACGAUGGCCUGUCUCUGCCUGAGGACACAGAGACUAUCACAGCAGGACGGACAGGCUGGAGCUAUUCGUACCUUUCUGAUGAUGAAGACUUGCUGGCUGAUGAUGCAUCGGGCGAUGGCCUGGGCAGUGGAGACCUGGGUAGCGGGGACUUUCAGAUGGUGUAUUUCCGGGCCCUGGUAAAUUUCACUCACUCCAUUGAGUACAGUCCUCAGCUAGAGGAUGCAGGCUCCAAGGAGUUCCGAGAGGUGUCAGAUGCUGUGGUGGACAAGCUGGAGUCGGAGUACUUGAAGAUUCCCGGAGACCAGGUUGUUAGUGUGGUGUUCAUCAAGGAGCUGGAUGGCUGGGUCUUUGUGGAGCUGGAUGUGGGCUCCGAAGGGAACGCAGAUGGAGCUCAAAUUCAGGAAGUGCUGCACACGGUUGUGUCCCGGGGCUCCAUUGGCUCCUAUGUCACCUCCCCCCAGGGGUUCCAGUUCCGACGGCUGGGGACAGUGCCCCAGGUGCCCAGGGUCUGCACAGAGGCUGAGUUUGCCUGCCACAGUCACAAUGAAUGUGUGGCCCUGGAGUAUCGCUGCGACCGGAGGCCUGAUUGCAGGGACAUGUCUGAUGAGCUUGAUUGCGAGGAUUCAGUCCCUGAGCUCGCCUCCCUGCCACCCUCUGGAGUGGAGACGUCACCUCCUCCAGUCUGGCCAGACGCCAUAACUACACUGCCACCACCAGUUGUGCCCAGGCCCCAGCCUCUGUUCCCUGAUUCAAGAGGGCUCAGACCUUGUGGGCCCCAGGAGGCCAUGUGCCACAGCGGCCACUGCAUCCCCAAAGACUACCUCUGUGAUGGGCAAGAGGACUGCAAGGACGGCAGUGAUGAGCUGGACUGCGGGCCCCCUCAGCCCUGUGAGCCCAAUGAGUUUGCCUGUGGAAAUGGCCACUGCGCCCUCAAGCUAUGGCGCUGUGAUGGCGACUUCGACUGCAAGGACCAGACAGAUGAGGCUGACUGCCCCACCAAGCAACCUGAGGAAGUAUGCGAGCCCACACAGUUCCGCUGUGUCUCCACCAACCUGUGCAUCCCAACCAGCUUCCAAUGUGACGAGGAGAGUGACUGCCCUGACCGCAGUGAUGAGUUUGGCUGCAUGCCUCCACAGGUGGUGACCCCUCCCCAGGAGUCCAUCCAGGUUUCCCGAGGCCAGACAGUGACCUUCACCUGUGUGGCCAUUGGUGUCCCCACCCCUAUCAUCAACUGGAGACUCAACUGGGGCCACAUUCCCUCAAAUUCCAGGGUGACAAUGACCAGUGAGGGUGGCCGCGGCACACUGACUAUCCGUGACGUGAAAGAGGCAGACCAGGGAGCCUACACCUGCGAGGCUAUGAAUGCACGGGGCAUGGUAUUCGGCAUUCCUGAUGGCGUGCUGGAGCUCGUCCCGCAGCGAGGUCCCUGCCCUGACGGGCACUUCUACCUGGAGGACAGUGCCUCCUGCCUGCCCUGCUUCUGCUUCGGAGUCACCAGCAUGUGCCAGAGCAGCCGCCGCUUCCGGGACCAGAUCCAUUUGCGCUUUGAUCAGCCCGAGGACUUCAAGGGUGUGAAUGUGACGAUGCCCACCCAGCCCGGCAUGCCACCCCUCUCCUCCACUCAGCUGCAAAUCGACACAGUCCUGCAGGAGUUCCAGCUCGUUGACCUGUCCCGCCGCUUCCUUGUCCACGAUUCUUUCUGGGCUCUGCCUGAGCAGUUUUUGGGCAAUAAGGUGGACUCCUAUGGUGGCUCGCUGCGCUACAAGGUACGCUAUGAGCUGGCGCGUGGCCCACUGGAGCCAGUGCAGAAGCCCGAUGUAAUCCUUGUGGGUGCUGGAUAUCGCCUACUCUCCCGAGGCCAUACGCCCACCCAACCCGGGACUCUGAACCAGCGCCACGUCCAGCUCUCAGAGGAGCAUUGGGUGCACGAGUCCGGCCGGCCGGUGCAACGCGCCGAGAUUCUGCAGGUACUGGCGAACCUGGAGGGUGUGCUCAUCCAGAUAGUGUACAACGCCAAGAUGGCCAGUGUGGGGCUGAGCGACAUCACCAUGGACACCACUGUAACCCACACCACCACCCAUGGCCGUGCUCAUAGUGUGGAGGAGUGCAGAUGUCCUAUUGGCUAUUCCGGCUUGUCCUGUGAGAGCUGUGAUACUCAUUUUACCCGGGUGCCUGGUGGUCCCUACCUGGGCACCUGCUCUGGCUGCAAUUGCAAUGGCCAUGCCAGUGCCUGUGAUCCCAUCUAUGGCCACUGCUUGAACUGCCAGCACAACACAGAAGGACCACAGUGCAACAAGUGCAAGGCUGGCUUCUUUGGGGAUGCCACAAAGGCCACGGCCACAGCCUGCCGGCCCUGCCCAUGCCCGUACAUCGAUGCCUCCCGCAGAUUCUCCGACACUUGCUUCUUGGACACAGAUGGCCAGGCCACAUGUGAUGCUUGUGCCCCUGGGUAUACAGGCCGUCGAUGUGAGAGCUGUGCCCCUGGGUAUGAGGGCAAUCCCAUCCAGCCGGAUGGGAAGUGCAGGCCCAUCAACCAGGAGAUUGUGCGCUGUGACGAGAGAGGCAGCAUGGGGACCACUGGGGAGGCCUGUCGUUGUAAGAACAACGUGGUGGGGCGCUUGUGCAAUGAGUGUGCCGAUGGGUCUUUCCACCUGAGCUCCCAGAACCCCGAUGGCUGCCUCAAGUGCUUCUGUAUGGGUGUCAGUCGCCAGUGUACCAGCUCCUCCUGGAGCCGUGCCCAGGUCCUCGGGGCCUCUGAGGAGCCCACCCAGUUCAGCCUGACCAAUGCUGCCGGCACCCACACCACCAGCGAAGGCAUCUCGUCUCCCACAUCUGGGGAGCUGGUUUUCUCCUCAUUCCAAAGCCUCCUGUCUGGACCUUACUUCUGGAGCCUCCCUUCACGCUUCCGGGGGGACAAGGUGACCUCCUAUGGAGGAGAGCUGCACUUCACAGUGACCCAGCGGCCCCGGCCCAGCUCUGCACCCCUGCAUGGGCAGCCGCUGGUGGUACUGCAGGGUAAUGGCAUUGUCCUGGAGCACCACACCUCACAGGAGCCCAUCCCUGGCCAGCCCAGUGACUUCACUGUACCCUUCCGGGAGCAAGCAUGGCAGCGACCUGAUGGACAGCCAGCCACACGGGAGCACCUGCUGAUGGCACUGGCGGGAAUUGAUGCCCUUCUGAUCCAAGCAUCUUAUACCCAGCAGCCCGCUGAGAGCAGGGUCUCUGACAUUAGCAUGGAUGUGGCUGUGCCUGAGAACACUGGUCAAGACCCCGCUCUGGAAGUGGAGCAGUGCACCUGCCCAUCUGGGUACCGUGGCCCAUCCUGCCAGGACUGUGACACAGGCUACACACGCAUGCCCAGUGGCCUCUACUUGGGCACCUGUGAGCGCUGCAGCUGCCAUGGCCACUCAGAGGUCUGUGAACCUGAGACUGGUACCUGCCAGGGCUGCCAGCACCACACCGAGGGCCCACGGUGCGAUCAGUGCCAGCAGGGAUACUAUGGGGAUGCUCAGCGAGGGACACCACAUGACUGCCAGCCCUGCCCCUGCCAUGGACCUCCCUCUGCUGGCCAGGUCUCCCACACUUGCUUUCUGGACACGGACAGCCACCCCACCUGUGACUCGUGCUCCCCAGGCCACAGCGGGCGUCACUGUGAGAGAUGUUCCCAGGGUUACUAUGGCAACCCCAGCCAGGGCCAGCCCUGUCAGAGAGACGGCCAGAUACCAGAAGUAACAGGCUGUGACUGUAACCCCCAGGGCAGUAUCAGCAGCCAAUGUGACGCCGCUGGCCAGUGCCAAUGCAAGGCCCAGGUGGAAGGACUCACCUGCAGCGAGUGCCGGCCUCACCACUUCUACCUGAGUGCUAGCAACCCUGACGGCUGCCUGCCUUGUUUCUGCAUGGGCAUCACCCAGCAGUGCGCCAGCUCCUCCUACACACGCCAUCUGAUUUCCACCCGCUUUGCCCCUGGGGACUUCCAAGGCUUUGCCCUGGUGAACCCUCAGCGCAACAGCCGCCUGACCGGAGGCUUCACCGUGGAACCUCUGCCGGACGGGGCCCAGCUCUCCUUUGGCAACUUUGCCAACCUCGGCCAUGGAUCCUUCUACUGGCAGCUGCCAGAGCUGUACCAAGGAGACAAGGUGGCGGCUUAUGGCGGGAAGCUUCGAUACACUCUCUCCUACUCUACAGGGCCACAGGGCAGCCCCGUCUCCGACCCUGACAUCCAGAUCACGGGCAACAACAUCAUGCUGGUGGCCUCCCAGCCUGCCCCGCAGGGCCCCGAGAGGAGGAGCUACGAGAUCAUCUUCCGAGAGGAAUUCUGGCACCGACCAGAUGGGCAGCCGGCCACCCGUGAACACUUGCUCAUGGCACUGGCUGACCUGGAUGAGCUUCUGAUCCGGGCCACCUUCUCUUCGGUGCCGAGGACUGCCAGUAUCAGUUCCGUCAGCCUGGAGGUAGCCAGGCCGGGGCCCUCCCACGGGCCUCGGGCUCUUGAGGUGGAAGAGUGUCGCUGUCCCCCAGGCUACAUCGGCUUGUCCUGCCAGGACUGUGCCCCCGGCUACACGCGCACCGGAAGUGGGCUCUACCUUGGCCACUGUGAGCUGUGUGAAUGCAACGGCCACUCAGACCUCUGCCACCCAGAGACUGGGGCCUGCUCGCAAUGCCAGCACAACACUGCGGGCGAGUUCUGCGAGCUCUGUGCACCUGGUUACUAUGGAGAUGCUACUGCUGGGACACCUGAGGACUGCCAGCCCUGUGCCUGCCCACUGACCAACCCAGAGAACAUGUUCUCCCGCACCUGUGAGAGCUUGGGAGCUGGUGGGUACCGCUGCACAGCCUGCGAACCUGGCUACACCGGCCAGUACUGUGAGCAGUGUGCCCCAGGUUAUGUGGGUAACCCCAAUGUGCAGGGGGGGCGCUGUUUGCCUGAAGCAGACGAAGCCCCACUGGUUGUCCAGGUCCAUCCUACUCGGAGUGUGGUACCCCAAGGUGGCCCCCACUCCCUGCGGUGCAAAGUCACUGGGAGCCCUCCCCACUACUUCUACUGGUCCAGGGAAGAUGGACGCCCUAUGCCCAGCAGCGCCCAACAGCGGCAUCAAGGCUCGGAGCUCCACUUCCCCAACGUGCAGCCCUCUGAUGCUGGUGUCUACAUCUGUACCUGCCGGAACCUCCACCACACUAGCAACAGCCGGGCAGAGCUUCUGGUCUCUGAGGCUCCCAGCAAGCCCAUCACGGUGACUGUGGAGGAGCCACGGAGCCAGAGUGUGCGCCCCGGAGCCGACGUCACCUUUGUCUGCACAGCCAAGAGCAAGUCCCCAGCCUAUACCCUGGUGUGGACCCGCCUGCACAAUGAGAAGCUGCCCUCCCGGGCCAUGGACUUCAACGGCAUCCUCACCAUUCGCAACGUGCAGCCGAGUGACGCAGGCACCUACACAUGCACCGGCUCCAACAUGUUUGCCAUGGACCUGGGGACGGCCACUCUGCACGUACAAGCCUCUGGCACCUUAUCUGCCCCUGUGGUCUCCAUCAGCCCGCCCCAGCUCACAGUGCAGCCUGGGCAGUUGGCUGAGUUCCGCUGCAGCGCCACAGGGAACCCCCCGCCCACCCUGGAGUGGUCAGGAGGCCCUGGGGGCCAGCUACCUCAGAAGGCUCAGAUCCACGGUGGCAUCCUGCGCCUGCCUGCCGUCGAGCCCUCAGAUCAGAGCCAGUACCUGUGCCGAGCCCACAGCAGUGCUGGACAGCACGUGGCCAGAGCCCUGCUUCAGGUGCAAGGUGGCAGCGGACCCAGGGUCCAGGUGAGCCCAGAGAGGACUCAGGUGACUGAGGGCCGCACAGUCAGGCUGUACUGCAGAGUGUUAGGUGUGCCCAGCACCAGCAUCACCUGGAGAAAGGAAGGGGGCAGCCUGCCUCCACAGGCCCGCUCUGAACACACAGACAUCGCCACGCUGAUCAUCCCAGCCGUGGCGCUCGCUGACGCUGGCUUCUACCUCUGCGUGGCCACCAGCCCCACAGGCACUUCCCAGGCACGCAUCCAGGUGGUCGUCUUGUCAGCCUCAGGUGCCAGCACCUUGCCAGUGAGGAUUGAGUCUUCCUCGCCAUCAGUGACUGAAGGGCAGACCCUGGACCUGAACUGUGCAGUGACGGGGUUGGCCCACACCCAGAUCACGUGGUACAAGCGAGGGGGCAGCCUGCCUCCCCACGCCCAGGUCCAUGGCUCCCGGCUGCGGCUCCCCCAGGUCUCCCCAGCUGACUCUGGAGACUACGUGUGCCGCGUGGAGAGUGAAUUGGGCCCCAAGGAGGCUUCCAUUGUCGUCUCCGUCCUCAGCACCCCCUCAGGCCCCAGCCACACCCUAGCCACUGGCAGCACCCAGCCCAUCCGCAUCGAGUCCUCGUCCUCCCAUGUGGCGGAGGGACAGACUCUGGAUCUGAACUGCAAAGUGCCUAGACAAGCCCGGGUCACAUGGCGCAAGCGUGGAGGCAGCCUCCCGGCCCGGCACCAGACCCACGGCUCCCUGCUGCGGCUGCACCAGGUGUCCCCAGCUGACUCUGGCGAGUACGUGUGCCAUGUGACCCUCGGCUCAGAGCACACGGAGACCUCUGUCCUGGUCACCAUUGAGCCCUCCGGCUCCAUCCCUGUCCCAGGACCGGUCCCCCCUGUCAGGAUCGAGUCUUCCUCCUCCACGGUAGCUGAAGGGCAGACCCUGGAUCUCAGCUGUGUGGUGGCGGGACAGGCCCAUGCGCAGGUCACGUGGUACAAGCGUGGAGGAAGCCUUCCUGCCCGGCACCAGGUCCGCGGCUCCCGCCUGUACAUCUUCCAGGCCUCCCCCGUGGAUGCAGGAGAGUACGUCUGCCGGGCCAGCAAUGGCCAGGAGGCCUCCAUCACAGUCACAGUGACUGGCACCCAGGGGGCCAACUUUGCCUACCCCCCAGGCAGCACCCAGCCCAUCCGCAUCGAGCCGUCCUCCUCCCACGUGGCCGAGGGGCAGACGCUGGACCUGAACUGUGUGCUGCCAGGACAGGCUCAUGCACAAGUCACAUGGCAGAAGCGCGGGGGCAGCCUGCCCACCCGGCACCAGACCCAUGGCUCCCUGCUGAGGCUCUACCAGGUGUCCCCUGCUGACUCGGGCGAGUAUGUGUGCCGGGUGGAGGGCAGCUCCACGCCUCUGGAGACCUCUGUCCUUGUCAACAUUGUACCCGAGGACUCUGUGCCUGCACUUGGAGUUACCCCUACAGUCCGGAUUGAGUCGUCUUCCUCACAUGUGGCUGAAGGGCAGACCCUGGAUCUGAACUGCCUCGUUAACGGGCAGGCCCAUGCCCAGGUCACAUGGCACAAGCGAGGGGGCAGCCUUCCCGCCCGACACCAGGUGCUUGGCUCAAGGCUGCGGCUGCCCCAGGUGACCCCAGCUGACUCUGGGGAGUAUGUGUGCCGUGUGGCCAGUGGCUCAGGUACCCAGGAAGCCUCAGUCCUUGUCACCAUUCAACAGCGCCUCAGACCCUUCCACACCCAGAGCAUGGUGUACCCUGUCCGUAUCGAGUCCUCUUCGGCCUCGCUGGCCAAUGGGCACACCCUGGACCUCAAUUGUGUGGUUGCCAGCCACACACCCCACACCAUCACCUGGUAUAAGCGUGGGGGAAGCUUACCCAGCCGGCACCAGAUCGUGGGCUCCCGGCUACGGAUCCCUCAGGUGACCCCAGCUGACUCAGGAGAGUAUGUGUGUCAUGUCAGUAAUGGUGCUGGCUCCCAGGAGACCUCGCUUAUUGUCACCAUCCAAGGCAGUGGCUCCGUGCACGUGCCCAGUGUGUCCCCACCCAUCAGGAUUGAGUCCUCCUCCUCCACGGUGCUGGAGGGAGACACCUUGGAUUUGAACUGCGUGGUGGCAGGGCAGACCCAGGCUACCAUCACCUGGUUCAAGCGAGGGGGCAGCCUGCCUGCCAGACACCAGGCCCAUGGCUCCCGCCUGCGGCUACACCAGAUGUCUGUGGCGGACUCUGGGGAGUACGUGUGUCGCGCCAACAACAACAUCGAAGCCCAGGAGACCUCCAUUGUGGUUACGGUCUCCCCCAGAACCAGCAACCCCUCUGGCCCCGGAGCGGCUGUACCUAUCAGAAUUGAGUCAUCAUCUUCACACGUGGCUGAAGGGCAGACGUUGGAUCUGAACUGUGUGGUCCCUGGUCACGCCCAUGCCCAGGUCACGUGGCACAAGCGUGGCGGCAGCCUCCCUGCUCACCAUCAGGCCCACGGCUCAAGGCUGCGGCUGUACCAGGUGUCCCCGGACGACUCCGGCGAGUACACGUGCCGCGUGCUAGGCAGCUCUGGCCCUCUGGAAGCUUCCGUCCUGGUCUCUAUCGAACCCUCUGGCUCUAGCACUGUCCAUGUCCCUGCCUCAGGUGGAGCCCCACCCAUCCGCAUCGAGACCUCUUCCUCUCGAGUGGCAGAGGGGCAGACCCUGGAUCUGAACUGCGUGGUCCCUGGGCAAGCCCACGCCCAGGUCACAUGGCACAAGCGUGGAGGCAGCCUGCCUGCUCACCAUCAGGUCCACGGCUCUCUGCUGAGGCUAAACCACGUGUCCCCAGCUGACUCUGGCCAGUACUCCUGCCGGGUGACUGGCAGCUCGGGCACCUUGGAGGCCUCUGUCCUGGUCACAAUUGAAGCCUCCAGCCCAAGACCCAUUCCUGCCCCAGGCCUGGCCCGGCCCAUCUACAUCGAGCCCUCCUCCUCCCAUCUGGCUGAGGGACAGACUUUGGAUCUGAACUGUGUGGUACCAGGGCAGGCCCAUGCCCAGGUCACAUGGCACAAACGUGGUGGCAGCCUGCCUGCCCGGCACCAGGUACAUGGCUCCCAGCUGCGGCUCCCCCAUGUCUCCCCUGCUGACUCUGGCGAGUAUGUGUGCCGUGUGGCCGUCGGCUUGGGCCCUGAGCAGGAGGCCUCCUUCACCGUCACUGUCCCCCCCAGUGCAGGAUCUUCCUACCGUCUCCGGAGUCCAGUCAUCUCCAUUGACCCGCCCAGUAGCACCGUGCAGCAGGGCCAAGAUGCCAGCUUCAAGUGCCUCAUCCAUGAGGGAGCCACUCCCAUCAACCUUGAGUGGAAGACCCGGAACCCAGAGCUGGAAGACAAUGUCCACAUUAGCCCCAAUGGCUCCAUCAUCACCAUCGUGGGUACCCGGCCCAGCAACCACGGGGCCUACCGCUGUGUGGCCUCCAAUGCCUACGGUGUGGCGCAAAGCGUCGUGAACCUCAGCGUGCACGGACCCCCUACACUGUCCGUGCUCCCUGAGGGCCCUGUGCGGGUGAAGGUCGGGAAGGACAUCACCCUGGAGUGCGUCAGUGCCGGGGAGCCCCGUGCUUCUGCUCGCUGGACCCGGGUUGGCACACCAGCCAAGAUGGAGCCACGGAUGUUUGGGCUGCUAGACAGCCAUGUCGUUUUGAAGAUUUCAUCAGCUAAGCCAUCAGAUGCAGGCACCUAUGUGUGCCUAGCCCAGAAUGCCCUGGGCACAGCACAGAAGCAGGUGGAGGUGAUCGUGGACACGGGCACCGUGGCCCCAGGGGCCCCUCAGGUCCAGGUUGAAGAAGCUGAGCUGACCUUGGAGGCUGGACGCACGGCUACCCUGCGCUGCUCAGCCACAGGCACCCCCACUCCCACCAUCCACUGGUCCAAGCUGCGCUCCCCGUUGCCCUGGCAGCACCGUCUGGAAGGCAACACACUGGUCAUCCCCCGAGUAGCCCAGCAGGACUCGGGCCAGUACAUCUGUAAUGCCAGCAGCCCUGCGGGCCAUGCCGAGGCCACUGUCAUCCUGCACGUGGAGAGCCCACCGUAUGCCACCAUCGUCCCAGAGCAUGCCUCGGUGCAGGCAAGGGAGCCGGUGCAGCUUCAGUGCCUGGCACAUGGCACGCCCCCACUCACUUUCCAGUGGAGCCGCGUGGGCAACAGCCUCCCUGGGGGCGCCACCGCCAGGAAUGAGCUGCUGCACUUGGAGCCCACAGGCCCAGAGGACUCUGGCACCUACCGCUGUCAGGUCACCAACAAGGUGGGCUCAGCUGAGGCCUUUGCUCAAGUGCUUGUCCAAGGCCCUUCCGUCUCUCUGCCUGACACUUCUGGGAAGGCAGGCUCUCCACCCACAGUACAGGUCACUCCUCAGCUGGAGACCAAGAGCAUCGGGGCCAACGUUGAGUUCCACUGUGCUGUGCCCAGUGAUCGGGAUACCCAGCUCCGUUGGUUCAAGGAGGGAGGUCAGCUGCCCCCUGGCCACAGUGUGCAGGAUGGGGUGCUCCGAAUCCAGAACUUAGACCAGAGCUGCCAAGGGACGUAUGUUUGCCAGGCCCAUGGACCUUGGGGACAGGCCCAGGCCAGUGCCCAGCUGGUUGUCCAAGCCUUGCCUUCGGUGCUCAUCAACACCCGCACCUCCGUGCAGAGUGUGGUGGUUGGCCACUCUAUUGAGUUUGAGUGCUUGGCACUGGGGGACCCCAAGCCUCAGGUGACAUGGAGCAAAGUUGGGGGGCGGCUGCGGCCUGGCAUCAUACAGAGUGGAAGCAUCAUCAGGAUUGCCCACGUGGAGCUGAGCGACGCGGGACAGUACCGCUGCACUGCCACCAAUUCUGCCGGCACCACCCAGUCCCACGUGCUGCUGCUGGUACAAGCCUUACCCCAGAUCUCAACACCCCCGGAGGUCCGUGUGCCUGCUGGCUCUGCAGCUGUCUUCCCUUGCAUGGCCUCAGGUUACCCAACUCCCGACAUCACCUGGAGCAAGCUGGAUGGUGACCUGCCACCGGACAGCCGCCUGGAGAAUAACAUGCUGAUGCUGCCUGCCGUCCGGCCCCAGGAUGCGGGCACCUAUGUGUGUACUGCCACCAACCGGCAGGGCAAGGUCAAAGCCUUCGCCUACCUGCAGGUGCCAGAGCGGGUGGUGCCCUACUUCACCCAGACUCCCCACUCCUUCCUGCCACUGCCCACCAUCAAGGAUGCAUACAAGAAGUUUGAGAUCAAGAUUAUCUUCCGGCCCGACUCAGCUGACGGGAUGCUGCUGUACAAUGGACAGAAGCGGACCCCAGGGAGCCCCACCAACCCGGCCAACAGGCAGCCUGACUUCAUCUCCUUUGGUCUCGUGGGUGGACGGCCUGAGUUCCGGUUUGAUGCGGGCUCUGGUAUGGCCACCAUCCGCCACCCCACGCCUCUGGCCCUGGGCCAGUUCCACACCGUGACCCUGCUGCGCAGCCUCACCCAGGGCUCACUGAUUGUGGGCAACCUGGCCCCUGUCAAUGGGACUUCCCAGGGCAAGUUCCAGGGCCUAGACCUGAACGAAGAGCUAUACCUGGGUGGCUACCCUGACUACAGUGCCAUUCCCAAGGCUGGGCUGAGCAGUGGCUUUGUGGGCUGUGUCCGGGAGCUGCGGAUCCAGGGCGAGGAGACUGUCUUCCAUGACCUCAAUCUCACCGCACACGGCAUCUCCCACUGCCCCACUUGCCAGGACCGACCCUGCCAGAACGGAGGUCAGUGCUACGACUCGGAGAGCAGCAGCUACAAGUGUGUCUGCCCAGCUGGCUUCACUGGGAGCCGCUGUGAGCACUCAGAGGCCCUGCACUGCCACCCAGAGGCCUGUGGACCGGAUGCCACCUGCGUGAACCGGCCUGACGGUCGAGGCUACACCUGCCGCUGCCACCUGGGCCGCUCCGGGGUGAGGUGUGAAGAGGGUGUGACGGUGACCACCCCAUCCAUGUCGGGCACUGGCUCCUACCUGGCACUGCCCGCCCUCACCAAUACACACCAUGAGCUGCGCCUGGACGUUGAAUUCAAGCCAUUAGCUCCAGACGGGAUCCUGCUGUUCAGUGGGGGGAAGAGCGGGCCUGUGGAGGACUUCGUGUCCCUGGCCAUGGCUGGCGGUCACCUGGAGUUCCGCUACGAGCUGGGAUCAGGACUAGCUGUUCUGCGGAGCCCUGAACCACUGGCCCUGGGCCGAUGGCACAGAGUAUCCGCAGAGCGCCUGAACAAAGAUGGCAAGCUGCAGGUGAACAGGGGGCGCCCUGUGCUGCGCUCAUCGCCUGGCAAGAGCCAGGGCCUCAACCUGCACACCCUGCUCUACCUGGGCGGAGUAGAGCCCUCUGUGAAGCUGGCCCCGGCCACCAACGUGAGCGCUCACUUCCACGGCUGUGUAGGCGAGGUGUCUGUGAAUGGCAAGCGGCUGGACCUCACCUACAGCUUCUUGGGCAGCCGAGGUGUCGGGCAGUGCUACGACAGUUCCCCUUGUGAGCGCCAGCCCUGCCGCAACGGUGCCACGUGCAUGCCCGCGGGCGAGUACGAGUUCCAGUGCCUGUGUCAGGAUGGCUUCAAAGGAGACCUCUGCGAGGAUGAGGAGAACCCCUGCCAGCUCCGAGAGCCCUGUCUGCAUGGUGGCACCUGCCAGGGCACCCGCUGCCUCUGUCUCCCCGGCUUCUCUGGCCCACGCUGCCAGCAAGGCUCCGGACAUGGUACAGGGGAGUCUGAUUGGCACCUGGAAGGCAGUGGAGGCAAUGAUGCCCCUGGGCAGUACGGAGCCUAUUUCCAUGAUGGCGGCUUCCUUGCCCUCCACGGUGGUGUCUUCUCCCGGAGCCUGCCUGAAGCCCCCGAGACCAUUGAGCUAGAAGUCCGGACCAGCAGUGCCAGUGGCCUCCUGCUCUGGCAGGGCGUGGAGGUGGCAGAGGCUGGUCACAGCAAGGACUUUAUCAGCCUCGGGCUGAAGGAUGGGCACCUGGUCUUCAGCUAUGAGCUGGGAAGUGGGGAAGCCCACCUUGUCUCUGAAGACCCCAUCAAUGACGGUGAAUGGCAUCGGGUGACAGCACUGAGAAAGGGCCGGAGAGGCUCCAUCCAGGUGGACGGUGAAGAGCUGGUUAGCGGCCAGUCCCCAGGCCCUAAUGUGGCGGUGAACACGAAGAACAGCGUCUACAUCGGCGGAGCCCCAGACGUGGCCAUGCUGACUUCGGGCAGGUUCUCCUCAGGAAUCACCGGCUGCAUCAAGAACUUGGUGCUGCACUCAGCCAGGUCUGGCGCGCCACCCCCGCAGCCCCUGGACCUGCAGCACCUCGCCCAGGCAGGGGCCAACACACGCCCCUGCCCCUCAUAGGCCCCGCCUACCCCCACGGACUCCCGGGCAGCGUCCAGCCCGUCAUUGUCAACUAUAUUAUUAUUAAUAUUAUGAUGAUUUUUGUAAGGACCUGAGGCAAUGCCACGCUUUGCUGCUAUGCCCUGGGCUGGACUGGAGGGUGGGCAUGCCACCUCCUAUACACGUGCCAAAGCCCCCAGGCUACAGGGCAGGGCAGAGGGGAGAGGAGUAGGUAGGCCACCAGACUUGGGACCAGGCACAGUGGCCAGAUGGAUCCAGAACUCACCUCACUCCUCCCACCCAGACAGAGCCCCCAACAUCAAGCUGGGCUGCCUAUUUUUGCAGCCAUGGGAAGUCCUCAUUCCUAUGAGAGCCGGCCUCAGUUUACCCCCCCCCCCCCCCCCCGUGACUUACCAGCUACCUGAAGAGGUGGUGUCGCAGUGGCUAGGAUGCCCAUGCCCACUGCAGAGCAGAAGGCAGCUCCCCUGCCCCCACCAGCCCCCGCCUGGCCGCUCCCCCACCCCAGCAGCCUCCCUCCACCCAGCCUGCAUUCCACCACCCCUCACACCAUCCAGGGCCCCAUCCUCAGGGGCUGCAAGGGAAACCCCUCCAACCUCGGAGCUGCCAAGACAGAGCCCAGCACCAGAGUCCCACCACGCCAAGCCCCACUCCCCAUCUUCUGGAGGUGAAGGCCCAGGAUGUGGGGGAGAGGGGUCAGGAAGACAAGUGCCUUGGUGGGGAAAGGAGGGGACAUGACAGCCCCACCCAUCUGGGAGCCUGAGGACCCUAGAAAAGCGGCCCCAGACUCUGGCAUUGGGGCGCCUGGCCUCAGGCCCUAGAAGGGACCCUCCUGUGGUCUUCUUCUUGGUUUUUCUUAAUAAACGGUGCUAUCCCCGC